GUGUGAGAAAGCUUUAUUGACAGCGACUCCUUCGAAGGCCUAGGAAAGGAGAAGGAUGAACGGGCAUAGUCAGCAGCAGAAUGGCUAUGGGCAGCAAUUGCCGUUUGGCCCGUUGGAUAUUGUGCAGGCCAUGCAGUAUACACCUCUCACAUCCAUCAUACCCGCCGCCCCGAUAACGAACAUAUUUCCAAUACCCACCUCACUCCCACUUGUCUCCACCCGCCUCACCCUCUCGCCAGAAGAACAAGCACAAGUCGAUGCGGCGAUGGAGGUACUAAACCGGACACAGCAUACAUCCCCUGAAGAAGCGGCUUUUGCAAAGGCAAAGGGGAGGGAGGUUGGUGAGAUGUUGAGGGAAGCUAGUGGAAUGCCAUAUCAAGUACAAUUACCACCGCUGCCGCAUGGAAUGAAUGGGAUACCAGGGCCGACAGCGCCAUUACCACAACUGGAUAGGUUUGCAGAGAUGCUACUACAGUCAACGGCGGUGGCAAUGCAACCACCACCACCUCCUCCUCCUCCUCCUGCUACCGCCGCCACCCCCGACUGUGCCUCAACAUCAAUAGCAUACUCGGAAUACCAGCACGCCGUAAAGACCUCGUUUAUGACGCCCCUAACAUCGCUGCACACAACUCCAGCCCCCGCCUCGCAACCGAGACCGGUGGUGUUGAUUCCGUCCCCGCCACCGCAUUUUACGCCGGAGCAGUACAGGCAUACACCGGUAAGUCCGGCGAAGAGCGCUGCGGAUGUGAAGGAGGAUGUGACGACGCCUACGCGAAGUCCGAAGAAGAGGAAGGAAACCAAGACGGAUAAGGGUCAGGAGUGGAGGGUGGAGAGGCAAGUUAGUGUCCCGGAGCGGGAGAAAGCGGAUGCGGCGGUCCUACAAUUCGUGGACUUGAUCGGCGAUAUAUUUGAGGCUGAUGAUGCCUUUGAACCAACGGAGGGCGGCGAUGUCAGUAUGAAUGGGGAUGCGCAGAUGAUGUGGGUGUUGGAAACAAUCGGUGGGACGGAACCAUGUCUGGCGAUGGAUAUGCAGUUGAAGGUUCAGCGUGCAUUACGGAAGGUCACGGCGGCGGGACGGUUGGGACAGAUUUCUGUGGAGGAGUUGACGAGACUACAGAAGAUUUCCGUGAGGAGUGUUAGGCGGGUUGAGGAGGUGCGUCUUGAUAUGGGGUUGUCUGAGGCUGGGGAAGAUGUAGCGACGGCCUGGAUUGAGACUGUGGGCAAGUUCGAAGGGGCGCUAAGGGGUGCUAUCUUUGUGUUGGAAAUUAUGACGGGAAGACCGGAUGAGAGGCAAAUUAUCUCGGAGGAUCUGUUAAUCACGAUCAUCGAGUGCCUUCGGGGUCUCUUAGAAAAUGCCGUUACCCCCCUUGUGGAGGGCAAGCCUGCGACGGAGAAGAACCCCACCUUCCAGGUGGCGUAUGCGUGUAAGAAGAGCAUGCUCUCACUUCUCCAGAGCAUCGUCACUACGCUGUCUCACAUCGAGGCUCUCUUGCCACUCAUCGACAUCUCCGAUUCGGUCAUCAACCCGCUCCUCUUCACCGCCGCAUCUCCAGUCUUCCUCGACAAUAUCCUCAAGGACAAAGAAGCUAUCUUCAACUCCAGCUCCAUCGAAGGAUUACGAGUCGCGAGUAUGGAAGUCUUGAGAGGGAUCUUUGCGAAGUAUGCUGAUCAGAGGACGUUCAUUCUGGAUGAGGUUCUGACGGGAUUGAGUAAACUACCGGUGAACAAGCAGAGUGCGAGGCAGUAUCGAUUGAGUGGGGGGCAGGGUAUUCAGCUUGUCACGGCUUUGAUUAUGAAGUUGGUGCAUACAUCGGGUGUUGCCGGGGACGUUGAGUACGUCAAAGUGGACGUACCGAAGGAUGAAGAGAUGAAUGGAUCUCAGGGGGCGGCUGUCGAGAAGAAUGACGAGCAAGAACUAUUGGCGAAGCAGGAGCAGGCAUGGACUGCAGCGCAGGACGCUGCAGGAAAGAUUGCCAGUUAUGUCAUCUCCUUCUACCUCCAGAAGGUCAUGAAGACUAAGACUGCCGGAUCCGAUUCGCCGUACAAGGGCCUGUUUGAUAUCUUCGUCGAGGACUUGAUCACCGUCCUCACAUGUCCGGAAUGGCCCGCUGCGGAGCUUAUGCUAACUAUUAUUGUUCGUCAUCUAAUUUCGUAUUUUGACGAUGACAAGCAGGGGGCGCAGAUCAAGGGUAUCGCGCUUGACACACUGGGUUCAAUCGCUUCAAAAAUCAAGAAAUGUGAUGUUGAUCUCGGAAGGGAGAUCAAGACUGACACCGAGGUUGGCUCGUCGAAACUUGGCAAGGAUAUUUCCGGAUUCGUAAAUGGCUCCGUGCCGGAUGCGGACAGGAUCGGUGUGCAAGCGGAGCUGGCGAAAGUCACACUGGGCUACCUCCAUUCGCUUGGGCAGCAGGAUGUCGGGUAUAAGAUUGCUUAUGGGUACGUUGCUGCGAAAUCCUUGCUAGAUCUUGUGAAGAAGCUUGAUCAGCAAGCGGCCGUGUCGGACGAGCUUCAAGGGUCUGUGAUGGAACUGGUAGCGGACGCCUCUGAUCCCCUACGAAAGCCUACUUCACAGGUGUAUCCAGAGGUUUCCAAUCAUGAUCUUGAGGUCUUGCAUCUGGCACUGCUUUCGACCUCGCCUUUAGCAUCUCUGUUUGACGUUAUCCUGAACCGUAUGAUCCACGCUCUUGAACAACCUCAGGUCACUGGUCGUCAAAAGGCUCUCCGUGGUCUCGGUAAUGUUAUUAACGUCGAUGCCAGCAUUCUGGCUGGUCCUUUCGUACGUGAGCACAUUGCAAAGAGACUAGCUGAUAGCUCGCCCCUCGUUCGUAAUGCUGCUGUCGACCUUGUCGGGAAAUACCUUCUCAACCAUCCCGAGCUUGCCAGGCAUUACUAUGCGGUUAUCAUCAUGCGAUCAAACGAUGUUGCACCAAGUGUUCGAAAGAGUGUGAUCAAGAUUAUGAGAGAUCUUUACACUACUGGUGAGCUCUCCGUGAAGAUUGAGGUCUCUGUGAGGACCUUGGCAAGGAUGCAGGAUGAGGAGGAUCCGGUUAAGGAGCUUGCUACGAAACAGAUGCAAGACCUUUGGCUCGGGCCUAUCGAGGGUGCAUUUGGUGAGCAUCUUGACAACUUCGAUGCUUUGUCGCUGGGUGCUCGCAAGGUCCUUCGGGAGCGCAUCGAUGUCAUUGUCAGAAUAGUCGAGGAUAAGAAAACAUCUGGGUUGAUUAAAGCAUUUAUCGAAGAAGCAAUCGCUGGAGUGAUCUUGGAUAAGUCUGCCAAGGGUUCGGCAUCAGAUUAUAUGACUAUGCUGAAACUCAUGGUGCAGUGCCUUUUUGAACAGGUUCUUGAAGCCCAGACUGGCGAGUCUACGGAUCAGACGUUGCUCCCGAAGACGCUUGCCACUCUUGCCUUGUUCGCAGGAUGUGCUCCAGUGUGCUUCAGCGCAGGACAGAUCAAAGCGUUGCAGCCCUUCGUCCUCAGUGCAGGCAAAGAGGAUCAGAGUGCUUUAUACCAGACACUGAUCGUCUACCGCAACGUCAUUCCUGCGCUUCCUCCCAUGGACAAUGCUUUUCUCAAGGAAGUCGAAACGACGUUGCUGAAGCAUGUCACGAAGGUGGCUGGGCCUUUGUUGAAAGAGAUGAUACCUUGUCUUUGCAACAUUGUUGAUUUGCUGGACGAUUAUGCUUGCAUUGCAACCGUCGUCUCGACAUGUUUGGCGACUCUCGACAGAACGCGUCCAGCAGUUUUGAAAGCUGCCACUACCCAAAACGGGUCGACUGCUGCCAAGUUGAUGGAGCUCAUCGGAUACUUUGCUCGGUACAGCAACAUGGAUAAGGUAAAUGCCGCUGCGUGUGACGGUGCUACUAGGCCUACGAUUGCGAACAUCAAGAGCAGCAUCCUUGCGUUCUAUGAUGAUAAGCUGCCUCUCGCACUUCACAGGUUCGUUUUGCAGAGUUUCGGCCAGGUUUGCAUUGGGAAUAGUACCCUUUUCCUUGAUGAGCAGACUAUCGAUGUUCUUGAUAAGGCUUUCGGAGGCGCAAAUGACAAUCUGAAGAUCGUUAUUCUUGCAACGAUGAAGGAGCAUCUUGAAGAAGAAGAGCGCCGUAACAAUGAGGCAACCAUGGCUGAAAACACCGACGGUCAAGGUCACAUAGACCGCAGUGUCUUGAGAGGUGAUACGGACAAGUUCGCCACGCAUUCCAUCAGUCCUGGGUUGAUGCAGCGUUAUCUCAAAGUCAUCCUUGACAGUGCUCUUAGCAAAGAAGAUGCCGUGUCUACCGCUGCUGUUCAGGUACUGAACUUUGUUGUUCGUCAAGGUCUUGCUAACCCUCGCGAGUGCUUCUCGGCCAUCCUGGCUUUGGAAACUUCGAGCUCAGCAGCGUUGCGGAAUACCGCGAUCAGGUUGCAUCACGAGCUUAACGACAAGCAUGCGUCCUUGAUCGACAGUUGUUACAAGGAUGGGUUGGCCGCUGCUUAUCAUUACCAGAGGAAGUUGAAUGCAGAUGUGAAGGGCUACAGGAUUGACCGCUCUGAGUUUAUGGCAUUGAUCGAUCCCAUGUAUGUUGUGGUCAAGGCAAACAGACAGGGAAGGAAGAAGUUUUUGACUGCUGCGAUCAAGUCAUUGGAUGUGGACCCGACUAAGCUUACUGAGAAGAAGAGGUGUCCUGAACCAAGUCUCACCAAGUUUAUUGCUGAGAACUUUGCAUACCUCGACUACAGCACUACGGAAGAGGUUCACCUGGUGAUCUACACCGUGGACAGGAUCAUGUCGGUGACCGGGAUGAGUCUCCUUGCAAUCAACGAAGGUGAAGCAGGAACUGAGGGCAACAAAGCGCCUAAGUCCGAGCUUGUGAAGUGUGCCAUGAUCCUCUCGGCAUUGAUGAUGUUGAAGACCUUCCUGAAGCAGCUUUAUGGCCUGACUGAGGCCAAGUGUCGUGCAUUCGACGGCAAUAAGAUGGGAACGGCGAAGAACACGCAACCUGCAACUCGCCAGGCCGGUGCGAACCUUCAGCUUAGCUGGGACUCCCUGCCUGCCGCGUUCUCCACCGGCGCAGAGAUGUCCGAAGAAGAGCAGAUCGUGGUGCAGCAGACCUUCGCACAGCUUCUUCAGACCGAAGGAGGUGCGUACCAGGACUUCUUGCCUGUGGAUGAGGAGGAUGACGAGAGUGUCACUACUGCUGGAGACCGACAGCAGAAUGCAGGAGUCAACGAGAACGGAGUAACAGCGACGCCGAAAAAGCGUCGAACGGGAACAGCGAAUACCCCCAGUAGUAAGCGGAACAGGAAAUCUUUCAACUUGACAGAUCCCGAUACCCCAUCGAAAAGGAAGAAGUAAGGAUAUAGGACAGGCGUUUGAGCAUGGACAUUGAUAUCCGGCGUUGAUGGAGUUAUUUGGCUAUUACAUAUAUUGCAUACGGUGCUAUUAUAUUAUACGAAAGGGAAGGACGAGG